AUGAUAUUAAAUGGGUUGCUCCUCCUCCCUCUCUUGUGGCGGGCAUUUCUCCUGCCCGUCUUGCCAUGUCGAGCUGCCUUCUUUCGACUUGACACAAACGCCAUGGGUAUCAAGCAUCUCGCCUGCGCUGCGGCCGUUGCCGCCUUCGCGGCGCACCCUUGGCUGGCAACCACCGCCGCCGCCGCCGCCGUCAACCUCGAGCUCAACAUCACCGCCCUGACCGGUGGCGAAAUCGAGUCGGACUGGACAAACGUCUUCUACUCCAGGGAGAAGUCGCCGCUGCUGCUCGGGAACGACGGCGGGGCCGCCACGGGGGGGUUCCGCGCGUGGGACCUGAGCAGCGACUCGCCGCUGUCCGAGGUCAAGGCCGUGAUCACCGGCCGCACCAAGCUCGUCACGACGGUCUACAACGUCACCGGCAAAGACCUCGCGGUCACGAUUGCGAUGCCCGACUCCGUCAUCCGCGUGUACGAGCUGCCGGCCUUCACGGAGAUCGAGGCCGCGCGGACGACCAAGCUCGGCGACUGGUCGGCCAUUUGCUCGUGGCGCAGCAAGAGCCUAAACGACUACGUCUUCCUCUUUGGCAAGACGCUGGUUGUGCAGUACCUCGUUCGGCAGGGGAAGAGCUCCGUCGAGCUGGUCGAAGUCCAAAGCAUUCCAACCCCAACCGAGUUCUCCGGUUGCGCCGUGGUCCAGUCGCAGGCCAAGAUGAUCGCCACCGCCGACGACGACAAGGACCUCUACAUCUUUGACCUCAAAGAGUCCACCACCGCCCCGGACGUCACCAAGCUCGGCGAGGCCUCGGAGGACGUGACCGGCGUCGCCGUCUACGCCUCCAACUCCACCGGCUUGGACUACCUGUUCGUGGCCCAGGAGAGCAGCGUCGCCGUCUACGAAUACCCCUUCGACCUGCUCGGCACCGUCAAGCUGACCGGCCUCGAGGACAUCGAGGUCCAGGGCCUCAGCCUCUACCAGGGGUCGACCGCCAAGUACCCGAGCGGCGCGCUCGGCUUCGCCGUCGAGGCGGACAACGACGUCGCCGGGUUCGGCCUGCUGUCCUUGGACGGCGCGCUCGGCGAGCUCGGCGUGUCGGUCAACACCGCCUACGACCCGCGGAGCCAGACCGGAUGCCGCGCCCGCUCUAACAUCUGCGACGCCUGCUCCGGCAACGGCUACUGCCAGGAGAACGCGCUCGGCUGUGCCUGCUUCGCCGGCUUCACGGGGGACAAGUGCGACGCGUUCCGAUGCACCGACGACUGCUCCGCGCAUGGCGAGUGCGUCGGGCCGGACCGGUGCGAGUGCGCGAGCGGAUGGGGCGGGCUUCACUGCUCGUUCCUCCUGGUCGAGCCCUCGUUCGAGACGGAGCAGAACGGCGGCGACGGCGACGACCCGGCCAUCUGGAUCUCGCCCGAGUCGGCCGACAGGUCCCGCAUCGUCACCACGACCAAGUCCACCGUCGGCGCCGGCCUCGGCGUCUUCGACCUCGCCGGCAAACUGCUCCAGACGAUCCCGGCCGCCGAGCCGAACAACGUCGACAUCAUCUACAACUUCCAGGCGGGCGACCGGAAGGUCGACCUCGCUUUCGCCGCCUGUCGCGGAGAUGAUACGCUGUGUCUCUUCGAGAUGACUUCGAACGGCACGCUCAAGGAGAUCCCCGGCGGCGUCCAGCCCGUCGUGCCCGACUACACCGUCUACGGCUCCUGCGUCUACAAGUCCCCCAAGACCGGCAAGCAGUACCUCUUCGUCAACGAGAAGUCGGCCCGCUACCUCCAGUACGAGCUGACGGCGACGCCCAACGGCACCCUCCAGACGGCGCUCGUCCGCGACUUCACCGGCGGCUCCGGCGGGCAGGUGGAGGGGUGCGUCACGGACGAGGAUAACGGCUGGAUCUUCCUCGGCGAGGAACCGUCGGCCCUGUGGCGGUACGGCGCCGAGCCGGACUCCAAGGAGGCCGGGCUGCGGAUCGCGCAGGUCGGCGACGGCCGGACGUACGCCGACGUCGAGGGCGUCACCCUGGUCUACGGCGCGAGGCCGGACCAGGGGUACGUGAUCGUCUCCAACCAGGGCGUCAGCGCCUACAACGUGUACAGGCGGGCCGAGCCCCACGACUACGUGACCACCUUCACCAUCACCGGGUCCGCCGACGGCCGCGUCGACGCCGUGUCCAACACGGACGGCAUCGCCGCCGUCGGCACCCAUCUCGGCCGGGACUUCCCGCACGGCCUCGUCGUCACGCACGACGACGCGAACCAGCUGCCCAACGGCAGCACGAGCGCCGAGGCGAGCUUCAAGCUGGUCAGCCUGGAGAAGAUUCUGGGCGCUGGGGCGCUCAAGUCGCUCAACCUGCUGGACGAUGUCGACGCGAAGUGGGAUCCGAGGAGUUGA